UCUCUCUCCCGUUUCUCUCAAACAGACAAGCGCUGGUCCGGUCCCACUAAUGUCAAGUUUUGUUUUUCCUUUCCAGACCAUAUUUUGCACAGCUCUGCUAUAAUCAUCUUGCAUGAGUGCACAGGAGACCAGAGUCCGUGGUGUGAUUUGCUGCACUGUUUCAGCCUACAGAUGGAAAAGCAAAAGCAGUUUGGGGAAUGGCGCGUAGUUUGCCGCUUGGUGUUGUUUACUUGUUUCUUGGAGGCAGUCCGGGGACAGAUUCGCUACUCCAUUCCGGAGGAACUGGAGCACGGAGCUUUUGUUGGCAACAUUGCAGAGGACCUGGGCUUGGAUUUGGACAAGCUCUCUGCACGAAGAUUCCGGAUAGUCUCCGGUGCCAAGAAGCAAUAUGUGGAGGUAAAUUUAGAAAAUGGAGUUUUAUUCGUCAACGAGAGAAUUGAUCGCGAGGAACUAUGCGAGCAGAGUUUGUCCUGCUCGUUUCACUUACAAGUGGUCAUCGAAAACCCUCUGGAGCUGUACAGGGUGGAGAUGGACAUUUUAGACGUGAACGACAACUCUCCCAGUUUCCCGUGGACCGAAUUCAACCUGGACAUAUCGGAGUCUGCUGCGCCAGGGUCCCGAUUCCCACUUGAGAGCGCGCAGGACUUCGACGUCGGAUCCAACUCGCUGCGCACCUAUUUGCUGAGUGUGAACGAGCAUUUCCUUCUGGACAUCCAGACACGCAGCGACGGAAGUAAAUUUGCAGAACUCGUCCUUCAAACCCCACUGGAUCGAGAGCAGCAAAGUGCGCAUCAAAUGGUCCUAACGGCGGUGGAUGGAGGUGCGCCGGAGAGAUCUGGCACUGCGCAAAUCGAUAUCACCGUUUUGGACGCGAACGACAACGCACCCGUGUUCGAUAAGUCGUUUUACAGAGUGAGGCUGGCGGAAAACGCACCCAAAGGCACAGUUGUCAUCAAGCUCAACGCGUCCGAUUUAGACGAGGGUCCCAACGCAGACAUCACCUAUUCAUUCAGUGGUCACGCGCCCAUCAAAGUGCGCCAACUUUUCAGCGUGGACUCGCGCACGGGGGAAAUCAAAGUCAAAGGGGUGAUUGAUUACGAGAAGGCUAGGAUGCAUGAGAUUUACGUCCAGGCAAAAGACAAAGGCCCAUCCGCGGUGGCGGUUCACUGCAAAGUGCUGGUGAACGUUUGGGAUACAAAUGACAACCUCCCGGAGGUGAUCCUGACGUCGGUGUCCACACCUGUGCAGGAGGACGCAACCCCGGGAACGGUGAUAGCCGUCAUCAGCGUGAUUGACAGGGACUCGGGUGAAAACGGCAAUGUGGACUGCGAGAUUCCCAACCAGGUCCCAUUCCAGCUCCACUCAUCUUUUAAGAACUACUACACAUUAGUAACUUCUGAUUUUCUGGACAGGGAGACAGUUGCGGAGUACAACAUCACCCUCACCGCCCGAGAUAUGGGCUCCCCGCCUUUAUUCACCAGGAAGACCAUCUUGGUCCAAGUGUCUGAUGUGAACGAUAACGCGCCCCGCUUCAAGCAGCCCUCCUACACGGUGUACUUGACUGAGAACAACGCUCCAGGGGCAUCCAUCUGCUCGGUGACUGCACUGGACCCGGAUUUUGGUCAAAACGCAUACCUCUCCUACACCAUACUAGAGGGUGACAUACGGGGGAUGCCCGUGUCCACUUACGUGUCCGUAAACUCAGACAACGGGAACAUUUACGCACUGCGUUCCUUUGACCACGAACAACUUAAGAACUUCCAGAUCACCGUUCGAGCUCAAGACGCCGGGUUCCCACCUCUAAGCAGCAACGUGUCCGUGAACGUCUUUAUUUUGGACCAGAACGACAACGCGCCCGUCAUCGUGUCCCCUGCUCUGCAAAACGGCAGCGUGCCCGGCGGCGCGGUGCCCAGGUCGGUGGACGCCGGUUACCUCGUCGCUAAGAUCGGCGCGGCAGACGCCGACGAGGGUCAGAACUCGCGCCUGUUUUAUCAGCUGCUGCAAGUGACCGACCCGAGCUUGUUUAGCAUCGCUCUGUACACGGGCGAAAUCAGGACCAUGCGCCAGUUUGGGGAGAAAGACGCCACGAGGCACAGAUUGGUCAUUCUUGUGAAGGACAAUGGUCAGCCGCCCCUCUCGGCCACUGUUUCCAUCACCCUGUCAGUGGUUGACAGCCUGCCAGCUUCGCGGCCCGAUUUGGGCGACCUGUCACUCAGCCCGCAUCACAGCUCCAACUUCACCCUGUACUUAAUCGUGUCUCUGGGCGCAAUCUCCGUCACAUUUCUGGUGGCUAUCGUUGUCCUGGUUUCAGUGCGGAGGCGGAAGGGCAGACCGCCCGGCGCAGAGUCCGACUUCUCCUCGAUCAGCUGGAGUUGCGGGAGCAGCCGCUGCUGCUGCUGCUGCUCCUCCUCGCGUGCGGAAACCCCGAGCUCCGAGGAGGUGUUCAAAAAGUCCAACUUGAACGUCUGGAUGUCCACCGGCACGCCCGCCUGCGCCGAGGCAAACGGCAACGGCGCCCCGCCUCAGGUCUACUGCUACAAAAUGUGUCUGACGCCCGAGUCAUCCAAGAGCGACAUCAUGUUUCUGAAGCCUUGCAGUCCGGUAAUGUCAGCUCAGCGGAACAACAACGCCAAGAGCACAGAUUACCUCACCUCUGGCUGGAGCGCGCUGGACCGGAACGAGCUGGCCAACAAUAGAUCUGCAACUCCAAACGAGUAUUCAAACAAGGACUGGACCUUGACCAAAAACCAACGCAACUCAGCUUACAAGAGGUAUAGUUCAGCAGAUAUGGAUGGCACUCUCACUCACCAACAAAAGUAUGAUGCCCGUGGGUUUUCCUGCUCUGUGGCACCCCAGUACUGGACCUGGGGAAACCACAUGAAUGACUGCAGGAUAUCUCUUCAAGAGGGAGCAGUCCCCCACCACUCAUGGACCCCCAAGUACACUCAGCCUCACUCUGAAGCACCAGACUACCAGCACAAUGUGUACAUACCUGGCAACACGUCUGACCUCAGCACUCUGAAGCUGGCGCCCAGAGGAGAACUGGAUGUGUACAACACGUUCUCUACCUUCGGAAAGAAAAAGAGAUUCAUCUCAAACUAUGAACAAUCUUUUGACAACGAUGAUAGUCUCAUUGUAAGUAAUAACAUCUUCUAGUGAUACACCAGCUGUACUGUUUCUCUUCAUAGUUCCAGUAACGACCUCAAAUUGCUUCUCGGAAGCUGACCGACUAUGUUUCCCUUUUUUCAGUGAAAUGUAAUACUACUUCCUCACCAAGUGUGCAUAUAUAUAUAUCAUUUUUUGUAUAUAUUGUAAUAAAGUAUAAAUAAUGUCUAUUUUGAGUCAUUGUUGGAUUGUGGUUGUAAAGGCUUUAAACUAGCAAACAAGCAGAUUAUUUCUUUUUUUCCAGCCGAAGGGAGCUCAGGUAACUGUGAAUUUGGUUUGUUUGGAGGCUGCUGGUUCUCAGUGAUUGUCUAACUUGUAAAAAUGUCCCAAUUUAAUCAGCUUACAGUCUAUUACACAAGUUUGGUGCAUGUUCCAGUCCCUUUUUUUUACAGACACACCUCUUUGUCUCAAAGGGACACAUGCUGUGGGUCCAAAGUGAACUGAAUAACUCGAGCAGGCAGCUUUUUUGGGCAUUCUAUUCCACUAACGCUGUAAAUGUUGUUAACAUAAUGAAGCUAUGCCAGAGCACAGCAUCUUUCAUCCGAUCAUGUCUGGUGCAUUGAGACACAGGUCAUGUGAUCAUAAGUCUGUUGUUUAAAGGGGAUACAAUAAAAAAAGAGAUUUAAUGCCAUAUGCUUCGGCUUUCAGAGAAAUGAUUGUUGAAGUAUUGUAGUAUUGGUAACAGCAUCGCCGCUGUGAUUCUACUCCCUCGGCCUGUGCAGUGGACCGUCACAUUGACCGACCACAGCAAUCAGUUGACAAUAACGCAGGUAGAACUCGGAUUGUUUGAUCACAAGCAACUGCUAAUGUAAUUCAGUCACUGAUACUUAUAGAUUUGUGUUCAUCACUGAGUGUGAAUCACUCUAUAGUCUAUGUACAGUAUACAUGUAUAUCAACAAAUUGGUCCCCAACUCGGCAUCUGUUUGUUGAUAUUUUCAUUCUUGUCAUUUAAAAUGCUGAACUAUGUGUGUUUAUCUUGCUCUGAAACAACCUCCAAGGGUAUCGUAGCUAUCGUUCAAAAACAAUACAGUUGUAUAACUCUGAAAUCCUUGUUUAUCUGCAGUUGUUGUUUGGAUAUCAGACACGAUUUUAUUGUUUUCAUUCAUCUGGCUGAACUCAUGUGUUUCUCUGGCUCUAAAUAAUUUCUUAGGUGAAGUAGAAUUAAUUUCCGCGUGAAUAUAUGAAUACAUCAAAAACAAUAAAGUUGUAAAAAUAAA